CUUCAACAAUAUUUCCUAGCUAGCUUGUCCUCCCAUGGCCACAUUCGUCAGGGAAGAUGGGGUUUCAUUGUCAACUACAGACGUGGCGCCCAGUCACUUCAUGUUCAAGAUUCAAUCCGUGUCUUUACUUACAGAAUACAACGUUAAGAAGUGCAGUUCAGCUGAGUUCGAAGCCGGAGGAUACAAAUGGAAGUUGAUUUUUUACCCAAAUGGAAACAAACGGAAUCAUGUUACAGACCACAUAUCUGUGCACCUAGCAUUAAUGGCGGAUACGAGGUCGAGGGGUUUCCAACCCGGGUGGGAAGUCCACGCCGUGUUCCGCCUCUUCUUGCUUGAUCGAAACAACGAUACCUAUUUGGUCAUUCGAGAUGUGCAAGAAAAAGGGAGGCGGUUUCGUGCGACGAGGACGGAAUGGGGAUUCGACAGAGUCAUCCCUGUGGGAACGUUCAAUGAUCCUUCGUAUGGAUAUGUGGUGGACGAUGUAUGCGUGUUUGGUGCCGAGGUUUAUGUGCAUAAAGACUUGAAAUUCUAUACAGGAGAGUGUUUGUCAAUGGUUAAAGACCCUGAUCCCGUUAAGUAUCCUUGGACAAUUUUCAAUUUUUUUGUCCCCGAGCGUGCCUACCACGAGUCCCCCACAUUCCAACAAUGGAAGAUGCGGGUAUACCCAAAUGGGAAGGACGACAAGGGCACCCACGUGUCCUUGUCGUUACAUCUGGCUUCGGGUGGUGAAUCCAAGGAGCCAACUCCUUCUCGAAUAUACGCAGAGUUCACACUGCGGCUAAUCGACCGUCAUCACCACAAAAAUUGGAUUGUCAAAGGAGCCCGGUGGUUCAACCCCAGAAGCCCCACAAACACUUUUUAUGAAUGGCCAAAGUUAAUAACCAAGGAUUAUUUCAAGACGAAAUCGGCAGGCUUUUGGUCGUCGUGCAAGGACAAAUGCACCAUAGAAGCUGAAGUCAGAGUGCAUGGGGAGACUACACCUCUUCAAUCUUGACCAUAUAUAUAAAUCAACUUCUAUUGUAUAAAGAUUGGAUUUAUUUAUUUUCAAAAAAAAAAAAAA